AUGGAGAACAAACCAAGUAUCUUAACUGACAGAUACGACGUUGGGAGACUAUUAGGUCAAGGUAACUUCGCCAAGGUAUUCUACGGAAGAAGUAUUCAUACCAACAAGAGUGUAGCUAUCAAGAUGAUAGACAAGGAGAAAAUCAAGAAACCUAGCCAUAUCGAGCAGAUCAAGAGAGAGAUCACCGUGAUGAGUCUCGCUAAACACCCUAACGUCGUUGAGCUACACGAAGUCAUGGCAACCAAAACAAAGAUCUACCUUAUCCUAGAAUACUGCAAAGGUGGAGAGCUCUUCGAAAAGAUUCUGAAAGAAAAAGUGAGCGAGAAAGUUGCUUGGAAGUACUUUCAUCAGCUCAUCAACGCGGUUGACUUUUGUCACAGCAGGGGAGUGUAUCACCGUGACAUCAAGCCAGAGAAUCUCUUGCUCGACGAGAAUGAUAAUCUCAAGGUGUCUGACUUUGGUUUAAGCGCGCUUGAGGAGUCUAACCGUGAAGACGGUCUCCUUCAUACAGCUUGUGGAACACAUGCUUAUGUUUGUCCUGAGAUUGUGAACCGUCAAGCUUAUGAUGGCACUAAAGCUGAUGUUUGGGCUUGUGGGGUUGUCUUGUUUGUUCUUUUGGCUGGUUAUCUCCCUUUCUAUGACUCAAAUCUAAUGGAUAUGUACAUGAAGAUUGGUAAAGGACAGUUUAAAUGUCCACGCGGGAUUCCCGUUGAAGCGAAGAGGCUGUUGUGUAAGAUGCUUGAUCCUAACCAUGAGACGAGAGUCACCAUGUCAAGAAUCAAGGAGAGUUCUUGGUUCAAGAAAGGGUUACACUUAAAGCACAAGAAACUAUCCAGAGAGGUUAAUAAUCCCCUGGAAGCUGGAAGUUCAGGUGAAAGCCACGAGACACCACCACCGCCACAGCUUGCAAGCUUGAACGCUUUUGAUAUUAUAUCAUUGUCAACAGGGUUUGACCUAGGAGGACUGUUUGGAAAAAUGUACAAGAAGCAAGAGUCUAAAUUCACGUCUAGAAAGCCUGCUUCAGAGAUUAUUUCUAAGCUGGAGGAGGUGGCUAGAGGGCUGAAGCUGAAGAUAAGAAAGCAGGAGGCAGGGUUGUUUAAAUUGGAAGGAGCAAAGGAGGGAAGGAAAGGGAGGUUGUUGAUUGAUGCAGAGAUAUUUGAAGUGGCGGAGACGUUUCACUUGGUUGAAGUGAAGAAAUGUAAUGGAGAUACUGUGGAGUAUCAGAACCUGGUGGAGGAGGAACUUAGGCCUGCCCUGGCUGAUAUUGUAUGGGUUUGGCAAGGAGAAAAGGAGGAGGAGGAGCUGGUGUUGCAUGGUUAA